CCGUUCAUAAUUAUCUCUCCCCCUCUAUUUCCCAUCCUAUCUCCCUCUCUCUCAACCUCUUUCCCUCUUCGUCCGUGGCGUCUGCCAUUCCUCAGCCAUAUAAAGGCCGAGGUGACUUUAAAUCUACAAGUGUCCACCUUACCUUCCUUGAGAUUAAAAUAAAAAUGAAGCUGUCCGUCGUCGUCCCUGUGGCGGUAGUGGCUCUGCUGCCGUUUGCUCAUGCAGUGCUAUUCGUCAGCUCUGCUACUGCCGCCACUACCAGUACCCUCGGCAUCACGGUUGGCUCCUCAAGCGCCGCAGCCGCCGCUGCCGCCACGUUGGGCGCCGCGGCGCUGGUGGCUGGUGCACUUGUAGUGGGUGGCGUAGCGCUGGCAAGUCGGCACAAGCGCGACGUGUCAAGCUACUGCCUGCCCUCCACCAAACCGGACCUCUUCCUGGAUCUGGCAGCACGAGCGGACCAGGCGGGAUGUGGCUUGAGGCUGGUAUGUGAGCUUGAAGCCACCCCUGACGAGGCCCUCAGCAGAGACGAGCAGCUCAUACUCAGCCUCUUCGGGCGCCAAGUGAAGCCAGUCACUUUCUCCCAGUUGAAAUACGGCAAGGCGAGCUUCCAGUAUGCGGCGCUUGUGGGUGAGCGGGUGGAGGAUGUUGCAGAGUGUGCUCGGGUAUUUGAUCAGUGUCCCUUCAAUCGUGUUGCCAUCAUGGAGGCCUUUAACGCUACAUUGUAGAGGCAACUUAUCACACGUUCAUUAUUCUCUCACCUCACACUUACAACACCUCAAUCCUUCAUUCUCUCACUAGCGCCACCACUACGCCUGGGAGCACGGCGCAGAAGCAAACGAAACUAUUCCUGCUGCAGUUUCUUGGCUGAGGCGCCAGUAGGCUGGAAACGUUUGUUUUCUACAGUUGCUAAGGUGGUGACGUGUGAUCAUACUUGUGAAAAGUUAUCCCGACCUUCAAUAAAUUUAGUGAAGUAAUAUA